GGUGCGCUGUGUCACUCGGACACAGCGGAUCACCGAUCACGGAAAGAGCUGAAGAUAUCGGCUCGGUCUUGUGAUCAGCUGUCCAAUCACAGCUGAUCACAUGGGACAUGUACAUUGAUCAUCAGAGCACUGAUGAUCAGUGUGCCCUGAUGAUCAGUGUAGACCCAGCAGUGCCACGUGUCAGUGUCCAUCAGUGCCAGCUGUCAGUGCUCAUCAGUGCCUCGUGCCAGUGCCCAUCAGUGCCACAUAUCAGUGCCCACCAGUGCACAUCAAUGCCACAUAUCAGUGCCCAUCUGAGCUGCCUUUCAGUGUCACCCAUCAGUGCCAGUCAUUGCCACCUAUCAAUGCCAAUCAGUGCCACCUAUCAGUGCUGCCAAUCAGUGCCAGUCAGAGCCACCUAUCAGUGCCAGUCAGUGCUGCCUAUCAGUGUGCAUCAAUGCCACCUAUCAGUACCUGUCAGU